AUGAUGCUCUCCCGCUCGAUCCUUGUAUUCUUCUCUCUCGCAGUCGCCGUUGGCGCGAGUGCUAUCCCCCGUGCCGAUGGCGCCUGCACCGACCCGGCCGUCCGCAAGGAGUGGCGCGAGCUUACUGACCCCGAGAAGGCCGAGUACAUCCGCGCCGCUGUGUGUCUGCGCAAGCUACCCAAGACGAAGUAUGCCCAAAUCAACGCUGUCACCACUAGGCUAGACGACCUGGUCUACACCCACUUCACCCUCAGGACGAUAAUUCACUUCGUGGCCAACUUCCUCCCCUGGCACCGAUAUUUGUUGAAGGUGCACGAGGACCUGCUACGCAAUGAGUGCGGCUACACCGGCGCCCAGCCGUACUGGGACUGGACCAUCGAUGCCGACGCCCAGAACAUAACCGGCUCGCCCAUCUUUGACCCCGUCACCGGUUUCGGCGGCGAUGGUCAGUACACCGGCAGCCCCGAGCCGGGCUUCCAGCGCUGCGUGAUCGACGGCCCCUUUGCAAACACAAACUUGACGCUGGCGAUGGGGUGGCCCGAGACGAACGUCCGCGGCGACCGCCUGCACUGCCUGACGCGCGUGUUCAACUCCGGCCAGGGUAACGAUGCGAAUGGCAACCCCAUCGUUGGCGACAUGCAGUUGAGAGCGUACAACACUCAGGUCAUGAACGCCAUCUAUGCCUUUGACAAUUUUGCCGACAUGGCCACCAUCCUGGAGGAACUGCCGCACUCAAUGAUUCACAGAGUCAUCUCCGGCGACAUGGGUCCCACCACCGCGCCCAACGAGCCUCUCUUUUUCCUACACCACGCCAACGUUGACCGUGCCUGGGCCAAGUGGCAGGGGCGUAAUGAAACGCGCCUGAACGAUUAUUCUGGCUUCCAAGACACCGGCCGCACCAUUCCGGCCUCGAUCACUGACACCAUGCCCGUCCUGGAGCUUUCUGACACUACGAUCACUGUCAAAGACUAUAUGGAUACCCAGGCCGGCCCUCUUUGCUACACCUACUCAUCCAUGUAA